AUUAAACGUGUGUUGAAUGCUAAUAAUACAUAGUACUUAUACAAUUGUAUCUUGAAUAUUUUCUUCUUAUUAUUAUUAUCCUUUCACAGCAUAUUUUAUAAAAUCUAAGAAAAAUAUAUUGAAAUGCACGCGUACUUGAUAGAACUUUAUAAUCGAUUUGCUCGAAAACAAAAGCGCUUUUAUCACAAGUCAUUUCAAUUUCGACUUGUAUCACAAUUUCCAAUACACCCUGUAUAUGUCUACGACAAAGUAAUGGCGCUGAUGUAUAUCACUGUCAUCAAGUGGAUCACGUGUUUCAAUUAAUGUCGUCGUUCUUCUUAUUUCAGUUUAUUUUUUUUCUAUAUUUAUGACUUAAAAUUUAUCAAUACGUGUAAUCUAAAUACAAAAGCAAUUUAAAGUAUUUUAUUUACAUUCUUUGAUAAUUAAAUAUAUACCCAAACAUAGACGAUUAUAUAUUAUUAUAAACUUAUAUUAUAAUAGAAAUUGAAACAUUAGGAAGAUUGAUCCAUUUUUUCUUGAAAAAAAUAGACGUGCAUCAAAAUGGAUAAAAGUCAAAAAUUAAAAUUACUCAAGGAUUCUAUUAAGAAUUACGAAGAUUUUCCUAAACCUGGUAUUAUUUUUCGAGAUAUAUUUCCUGUGUUUCAAAAUACGUUAGCAUUAAAAGCCAUGAGAGAUCUGCUUGUGGAACAUGUUUUGUUCCUUGAAGUUGAUUUGAUUGUAGGUUUGGACUCCCGUGGAUUUUUACUUGGCCCAAUGAUAUGUGUCGAAAUUGACAAACCUUUCAUACCGAUUAGGAAAAAGGGGAAACUUCCAGGAAAAGUAGCACGUCAAAGCUACAAUUUGGAAUACGGAGAAGCCACAUUUGAAUUACAAGUAGAAAGCAUUAAGGAAGGUACUCGAGUUCUUAUAAUCGAUGAUUUAUUAGCAACCGGAGGUUCUAUGGGUGCAGCUGUUAAAUUAUUAAAAUCUUUAAAUGCAGAAAUAGUGGAAUGUUUAGUGAUAAUGGAACUUACUGAAUUAAAGGCACGGGAAAAACUCAAUGUACCUGUCUAUUCGUUUGUCCAGUUUUGAUCAUUAAAUAUAAUUAGACAGAUGCGUAAUAAUAUAUACAUAUAAAAUCAAGGCAUAACCUAAUUUAAUUGCAUAUGAUGCAAGAAACUUUUUAUAUUGAGAAACAUAAAAAA